GUUAUAGGCGCCUAUAAAUUCGAAUUCGCCAGAAAAGGAUAAUACGCGGUCACGUGCUGUUUAGUUGUGACAAAGCACGCGAGGUUUGUGAUGCGUGACAUUCUUACUUCUUGCACCUCGACGUCCAUCUUGCACACUCUCUUUACCCCCCUUUGCCCUAUUUUCCCGAAUAUCCUACUCAUCAUUACUCUUGAAUAUGCCAAAUAUACGAAAUCGAAAACCGUUACAAGACAAAACACCCAAGAAUAGUCCUAUACCACCCAAGUUAUACAACCCAGGGUCGGUGAAGCCCCUUCCUGCGUUGCAGCUACCACAUGGUGGACACCAUGCAGGAGAGGGAGAACCAACCUUUCCAGCGAAGCCAAAGUCAAAGGUGUCCAAAGCGUUUAUCGAAGAAUUGCUAGCUAGUCCUUCCCCACUCAAAGGGAAGAAACCUUCCGGACCGUUGGAAUCAACACCGAGACUUAUCAAACACCAUCGAGGACUCGCUCUUCCGUCCGGUAGCCCAGCACCACGAAAUGUUCGCCAGUCUUUUCCCACAGCCCGCCAACCAUUUCCAGCCUCACCCCUUCCUCCCUCAUCCCCCCCUUCAACCUCUGACAUCGAAUAUGAGUUCCUACAAGUAUCACAUGAACUUACAUAUGAAGAGGAGGAAGAAAGGGAGGAGGAGAUCGAUAACGAGAACGUUGCAAACGUAGCACACGUCAGCUCUAACCACUCCGGAGGUUCGAGUAAAUCGUCAGAAGAUCCGUUUGGUAUUUUGGCUGCGGAGAAAAAGUUGAAGGCGCAAAGGAAGCAGGAGCAACAAACAGUGAAAGGCAAAGGCAAAGAAGUCGUUCCUCGAGCGCCUCUGGGCGUUUUGGCAUAUGCCUCUCCAGAGUCACAAUCUCCGCUGCCCAGAGCCGUCUCGAAACGUCCUCCAACGCCGUCCGAGAACAACGAUGACGAUGAUGACGAUCUAUACGCAGAUCCUUACAUUCUUGACAGCUUUGAUCAAGCUGGCCCAAGUCGCAUGCAACAUCAGCAGGAACCUACUUUUGACAGGGAAGAUGGCGUAGAUGACGACGAUGACGAGACUGAAGACAAAGAGAAUGCACCUCCCCCUACUGAGGUUCAAUCAUUCCCUUUUGCUGAAGAAGAGAUCCCAACGCCACCUGGCACUCCUCAUCCACGCCAUAUUGAUCCCUCUCGUUUCCCUCUUCCAUCCCCAUUCUCAUCGCCCAGCACACCAUGCAACCGGGACCUCGCCAUUGAUUCGACAGAGUCUACACCUUCUCCUACCAAACCCCUUCAGGUCAUAACACCACUUCGUCAUGUGCGGCCUGGUCCGCCGUCAUCCGCGCUGAAGGGUAAGGGUCGAAUGAGCUUCCCAUUGCUCUCAUCUACUGCGCGAGAUAGUGUUCUUAUCGAACCUCGGUCGUCGACUCCACAUGACGGUGAGAGUAUUCGUAUCGGACCUCCCUCGUCCGCUGCACAUCGCAAGACUGUUAUCGUUUCGGCGCUCGGAAAGCGAAAGGCGGAGCAGGAGGUGAAACCUGCUCCCAGGAAGAGAACUCGUGCCGCUGCGACCAAGAAGGAAAACGACAGUGAUCCCAUGGUUGUCGCUAAGAAUUUGGAGGAGUUGUUACCAAAGAAGCCAAUUCGUAGAUCAGCGCGGGCUUCCGCCACUACUCAGAGAAAGGCAAAGGAGCCGACAAAGCCUGUGGCGAGAAGAAGUACACGUGCUUCUGCAAAGACCGAACCUGUCGUUGUGGACAGUAGUACGGAAAGCAAUGCCGGGGAUGAGGCUGAAACAUCUGAGGAAGAGGUGGGGGUUGGGAAGAGGAGGAAAGCCGCGGGCAGAGGGAGACCGCCUGCUAAGAAGGCGAAAGCGGGAGGAAAGAAGCCUGCUGCCACCAGAGUGAGGAAGCCGGCGAGUAAUGCGGCGAAGUCGACGAAGGCAAAGGGUAAACAGAAGCAGACGCACGUUGACUCGGAUGAAGAUUCCGAAGUUGUUCGGCAGCGACAAUCACGCAUCGACUAUUUUAAGAAGUUGGAUAAGGACUAUAACUUGGCGCAGGAGAAUGUUUAUGUGGUUUGACUCGUUUUGAUAAAUACUCCGUUCGUUGACUGUAUCUGAUAUGUAAAUUGCAGUAAUUGGAUCUGCCAACUUGUAUACUAUGUUUAUUGGACGCUUUCUCUGACGGACUGGACUCUAUUCUAGUUUGUUCACAAUUGUCUCCGCGUGGGCGUCUUGAUACGUGUACGCCACCGUCAUACAUGCACUAGAAGAAUGGCUUCCCGUCAACGUCGACUCAAACAAGGGCCAAACAUUUUUGCUGAAUAUUUAAACUGACAUGACAUGGCUCCAUGGCAUCGCCCCACUUUCACUCCCUUAAGGCCUCACUAAUCACGCCGACUCCAGAGGAGCAGCGAAGCAUUAAUCGAUCAGCAGCCGUAUACAUCAUCGUUGCUUGAGGAUUCGGGGAGCUUUGAUAUUACCUCCGCAUUGUAGACUUGAUUCAGGGCCCAUGCAAGCCAUCUCCCACGCGAAG